AUGGACACGCAAAAAUACCCCAACGAAAUACGCAGCCACUACGAAACUCACGACUGCCUUAACUUACCCAUAGCCGUUAGAAGUUACACUCACAUACAAGCCAACGCAGAUGUGGCGAUCAAAGUAGAAAUCACGAAUUUACAUUGCAAGCUUUGCUCAUACAAGAAUCAAGAUCUCGACGAGCUCAUAAAACAUCUCAUUGACAGUCACGACGUCGAUUACGAUCUCAACAUACCGAACUGUUUCCUCCCCUUCAGAUUGGCAGGCAAGCCUAAAUGCGGCAUUUGCAACUUGGAAUUUGAUCUAUUCGAGUAUCUCCGCCGACACGCGGACAAGGAGCAUCUAAAUAAAUGCUUCAUUUGCGAGAUUUGCGGGAAGAGUUUCUUAUACGAAAAAUAUUGUUCUGCGCAUGUGAGAGAUUUCCACAAGGACGGUUACGAAUGUAAUUACUGUGAUUUGGUAUUCUCCUCUAAUCAUAAGAAAAUUCUCCACGAGCGGUCUGCUCAUGAGGGCAAAGUGUACAAGUGCUCGAUGUGUGACGAAACUUUAAAGAGUUUGUAUUUAAAAAACGUGCAUUUGUCUGAAGUGCACAAGGUCGAAGAGAGAAGAAUCAAAUGUCCACAUUGUCCAAAAGUGUAUCCUCAGAUCAACACAAUGCAGCAACAUGUAAGGCGUGUCCAUUCGAAAGUAAAACAGCCCGUGUACGCUGUGGGACAGCCGAUGGUGAAUGAAAAAGCAUUAUAUAAUACAUUCCAUGUACACAAUCCCAUGGAAAAAACUAGAGUCAAAGAUCUAGAGCUUGAUUACGACUAA